CGUCAGGCUUCGACCGACUUCGCGAGACUGCUCCCUUUAUUUGCGCCUUGUUGUUAUAAUAUUAAGUGAAUCGAGAGUAUACGUGCUAUGUUAACGUCAGUGGGAACCUUGUGAUGAAAUAUAUUAAAUCUAAACAUCGAAUUUACUUUUUUUUGUCAUGUUGUGACAAUUAAUACAGCAACAAGGCAGCGUAGUACAGAGAUGUUAAACGAAUUGGAACGCGGCCCAACGGCGCCGCUGUUUGAAAUCCUGUCGUCCUGUUGCUUUUGUGUUGUUUCGCGUUCACGUUUUUUCUACGUACUCCCCUCAGUUCAAUGAGUUGAAGAACACGGGGGUUUUGGGGUCGAUAUGGGUGUUCACGAUCUGUGGUCCAUCGUGGAGCCGGUUCGUGAGUCGGUUCCGCUGUACAGUUUGAGCGGAAUGACGCUGGCGGUGGACCUGAGUUUAUGGGUGUGCGAGGCCCAGCAUGUCCAAGCAAUGAUGGGGAAAGUCACCAAGCCCCACCUGAGGAAUUUAUUUUUCAGGGCGUCAUCCCUCACCCUGAUGGGAGUAAAGCUUGUGUUUGUGAUGGAAGGAGAAGCCCCUAAAAUUAAAGCAGAAACCAUGAGCAAGAGGACGGAGAAAAGAUUUGGAGGAGUCAAAAAGGCUGCUGCCCCUAAGACUACAACAAACACCAGCAGAGGGCGCUUUAAAGCUGUACUUCGAGAGUGUGCAGACAUGUUGGACUAUCUGGGGAUUCCCUGGGUGACAGCUGCUGGGGAGGCUGAGGCCAUGUGUGCCUACCUGGACUCACAGGGCCUGGUGGACGGCUGCAUCACUAACGAUGGAGAUGCCUUCUUGUAUGGAGCCCAGACCGUCUACAGGAACUUCAAUAUGAACAGUAAGGACCCACAGGUGGACUGUUACAGGACAUCCAGGGUACAAACAGAGUUACAUCUCUCCAGAGAGAAUCUAGUUGGUCUGGCCAUCCUCCUUGGCUGUGAUUAUAUUCCUAAAGGCAUUCUAGGUGUCGGUAAAGAGCAAGCUCUGAGGCUUAUCCACAAGCUGAAAGGAGAAACACUGCUGCAGAGGUUUAUGCAGUGGAAGGAUGAGAAUGCAGAUGUGUUUGAGGGAGUGAAGAAGGUUCCUCACUGCAACAUAUGUCGACAUCCUGGCUCAGCGAAGGCACAUGAACGUCGCGGCUGUGUGCUCUGCGACAGUAAACAUUUCUGUCAACCUCAGGACUUUGACUACCAGUGUCCCUGUGACUGGCACCGCUAUGAACAGGCCCGACAGGACUUGUCUUUUGAGGCAAACAUCAGAAAGAAAACACUGGCAAGUCCACAGUUCCCUUUCACAGAGAUCAUUCAUGAGUUUCUGAUUUCCAAGGAUAAGCCUGUGUCACAUUUUAAGAGGAGACAGCCAAAUAUACUGUUGAUGCAGAAAUUUGCCUAUGACAAGAUGGAGUGGCCGAAGCACUACACCAGUGAAAAGGUUUUAGUUCUGAUGACCUACGCAGAGUUGCUGAACAGAAAAUAUGGAAGACAAAUGACCUCCCAAAUCAAACCCAUCAGAAUAUUGAAACCAAGGGUGAGGAAUGCCGUCGCUUGCUUCGAGAUCAUCUGGAGCACACCAGAACAUUACGUGUUUCCUGAGGAUCGGCCUGCAGAGGAUCAACAUGAGGUGAGGACGGUGGAGGAAGAGUCUCUCUUCCGUGUGGCCUUCCCAGAGGUGGUGGAGAGCUACCUGAGAGACAAAGCUCUAGCUGAAGAGAACAAGACCAAAAAGAGAAAGCCAAAGAAUAAAAAGGAGAAGCCAUCUGAUGUCUCCGAUGGUAUUUCAGACCUCUUGGCCCAGAUGACCCUUCAGAGUGCCUCAAACACAAUUGCACUACCAUCGAUCCAUGCCAUCUCAAACACAGAUGAACCAGAAGUGGUGGUUUUGGACACUCCGGUGAACCAUAAACAGCGUAUGAAGUCAAAAGAAGACCAAAGCAGUCUGGGCGACGGCCCCAGGACUCCUCUUUUUCGUGCAGGAUCAGAGGCUGCUGCCUCACCAUCUGUCUCUGCUGUUAUUGACGCUCUACACCUGAGUGAUAUUGACUGGGAUGCUUUAUCCUUCACGUCCUCUCCAGCUCAACAAGCAGCUACAAACCACAACACUGAGGCGAAACUGAGAAAAACCACAGACGAUGAUGUCAGGGAAGCGGAGGACGUAAACACAAAGCAGAAAACAUUAGGUGAUAUUAAAGGAGCUGACUCCAGAUCUGCUCCAGAGGUGUGCUACACAGACUGUCCUCUAAGGGACAGGCUGCUCAUGAGGAACACAGCUAAAGUUAUAAGCCCGCUGGAGGGACAUAAUCACGUGGUCUCACAACUGAAAUAUGAGUUGGCUCCUCUCAAACACAUUUCUUCUCAUAACUCAAAACCAAAUGGACAGAUCCCCAGUAAAGGUAGAAUUGACAGUAAAUUGUCAGGAAAGGAACCUGUUGUUGACAAAAAAGAGCAAAUCUUGGACAAAAGGCAUUGUGCAACAAAGAAUGCAGAAAUAAGAACUCACAGCUCAAAACAGCACUUGGGGCCUGCAGCUCAGGUUAAGACAAAGGACAAAUGUAAUGACACCAAAAAGCCUCCUGAGAAAUAUAAAUUUGUCCGAAAAGCCAUUUCAUCGUCAGCCGUCCCACCACUGAGGUGCAACUCUGACCCGGGUCAACGUGACAAGGACAGGAACGUGCCACAGACCACCAAGAAGACAGUGUGUAUGAGCGUGUGUUCAUCAAGCGAGGAAAGCGAUGCAGAGAACCGGCAGUCUGAACCUCAAAGAAAAGCUCAAAUCAAGCCCAUGAACAGGAUCAAGGCCAGCUUCAUCUCAGACUUCCCCCUGAUACCUAAAAAAAUCAAACCAAAAGCGAAAUCAGCUCAAACUGUUCAGUUACUACAACCAAAACCUCAGCGCUACGGUGCGGAUAUCGGGAUAAACGGCAUUCCUGAAUCAACUAAAAGCAGCUGCCAGGAUGUCACACCAGCUAAUGUGGAUGGCGGUGUGUUCCUUCAGACUCCAGCGUCACCUGUCACUGUGUUGGACAGUGAUGACUCAGAGGUUUGUAGUGAGAGUCCGCUGCCACUGGCAGAGAGACUGAGGCUGAAAUUCCUGAAGUGAGCAGGACGAUAACAGGACGAUGGACAAGAACAUGUCAGCUGUGUCAUGUUGAAUGUGAAUGCUUAUUCUUAACCUUGGAAAUGGAGAUUGACCAAAAAAGUCUUAUCUCAAGGUCCACUUUUUACAGAAGAGCUGCAACAAUUAGUCUAGUAGUCAGUUGACGGAAAAUGAAUCAGCGACUGUUUUGAUCAUCCAAAUAAUCGUUUAAGUAAUUUUACAAGUAAAUAAGUCAACCUUUUUAUGGUUCUUGCUUCUCAAAUAUGAGCGUUUGCUGCUUUUCUUUGCCUUCACGGUAUAAUAGCUUGUAUAUAUUUGGGUUUUGGACUUUUUUGAUCAGACUAAAAAAGACAUUUGUUGACGUCAAGUGAAAUUAUCAAGAAAAACACAACCUGUUACUGCUGUCCUAAGAUUAUCUGUUUUUGUAAAACGGGGGCAAAGGUUAAACAGUUGUAAGUAUAACAUGCUGAUUAUCAGUGAGAUGUGGUUUGAAAACUCCAGAAAAAGCAUAAAAUCUGACCUUGAGUUAAACUUUUCACAAUAUUUUAUUGAAUCUGUGCCUUUAGAUUUUAUACAAUGUUAUGCAAAAUAUGUUGAUAUUGAAAAGCUUGACUGAUUGUGUUGCCA